AUGGAAAUGCAGGAUCUAGCCAGUCCUCACAGCCGAGUAAGUGGAAGCAGUGAAUCUCCUAAUGGUCCAAACCUCGACAACUCCCACAUCAAUAACAAUUCCAUGACACCCAAUGGCACUGAAGGUGAUAACAUCACAAUGCUUACCACUGCAGACUGGUUGUUAGGUUCUAACUCACAGUCCGCUGCAGUUAAAACCGAGCCAAUGAGCAGCAGCGAAAUCGUCACCUCAGUAGCAGACACCUCUCUAGACAGCUUCUCAGGAUCAGCUAUUGGAACCAGUGGCUUCAGCCCAAGACAAACUCACCAGUUCUCUCCACAGAUAUACCCUUCCAACAGAACAUAUCCGCAUAUUCUUCCCACCCCUUCAUCCCAAAAUAUGGCUGCGUAUGGGCAGACGCAGUACACCACAGGAAUGCAGCAGGCCGCAGCUUAUGCUAGCUACCCCCAGCCUGGCCAGCCCUACGGCAUCCCAGCCUAUGGCAUAAAGACGGAGGGGGGUCUGACCCAGUCCCAAUCCCCGGGCCAGACCGGCUUCCUCAGCUACAGCUCUGGCUUCACAACACCGCAGACAGGACAGGCCCCCUACAGUUACCAGAUGCAGGGUGGUACUUUCACAACAACGGCAGGAUUGUAUCCAGGAAACAACUCCCUGACAAACUCCACUGGCUUCAACAGCACACAACAGGAUUACGCCAGUUAUCCAGCCUUUGGCCAGGGGCAGUAUGCUCAGUAUUACAACAGCUCACCCUACACUUCACCCUACAUGACAAGUAACAACACCAGCCCCAGCACGCCCUCCACCACCACCACGACCUACACCCUCCAGGAGCCACCCACUGGCAUCACCAGCCAGCCCGUCACAGAGAACCCUGCAGCAGAGUACAGUACCAUCCACAGUCCAUCAACCCCCAUUAAAGAUUCAGAUUCGGAUCGAUUGCGCCGGGCAUCGGAUGGAAAGUCACGUGGCCGGGGAAGAAGGAACAACAACCCAUCACCGCCGCCUGACUCCGACCUUGAGCGAGUUUUCAUCUGGGACCUGGAUGAAACAAUCAUCGUUUUCCAUUCCUUGCUUACGGGUUCUUAUGCCAACAGAUAUGGACGGGAUCCUCCGACAUCUGUAUCAUUGGGCCUGAGGAUGGAAGAAAUGAUCUUCAACUUGGCCGACACGCACCUAUUCUUUAAUGACUUGGAGGAAUGUGACCAGGUACACAUCGACGAUGUGUCCUCCGAUGACAACGGCCAGGAUCUGAGCACGUAUAACUUCGGCGCUGACGGUUUCCACGCAGCGGCGACCAGUGCCAAUCUAUGUCUGGCCACAGGCGUGCGGGGAGGCGUGGACUGGAUGAGAAAACUGGCUUUCCGCUACAGACGAGUAAAAGAAAUCUACACCACCUACAAAAAUAACGUCGGAGGUCUACUGGGCCCAGCCAAAAGGGAAGCCUGGUUGCAAUUGCGAGCAGAAAUUGAAGCCUUGACGGACUCCUGGUUAACACUGGCACUGAAAGCACUAACAUUAAUCCACUCAAGGUCAAACUGUGUGAAUAUCCUGGUUACCACCACGCAGCUCAUCCCUGCCCUGGCUAAGGUCCUGCUCUACGGCUUGGGGAUAGUCUUUCCUAUCGAGAAUAUUUAUAGUGCAACCAAAAUAGGGAAGGAGAGCUGCUUUGAGAGAGUAAUUCAAAGGUUCGGGAGGAAAGUUGUUUACAUUGUUGUUGGAGAUGGUGUGGAAGAGGAGCAAGGCUCAAAAAAGCACAACAUGCCCUUCUGGAGGAUCUCCAGCCAUUCAGACCUCAUGGCUCUCCACCACGCUCUAGACCUGGAGUACUUGUAG